AUGGGAGGCGGACCAGGCGAGGGCUACCGCAGCGUUGCGUACUUUGUGAACUGGGCCAUCUACGGCCGCAAGCAUCGCCCACAAGACCUGCCUGUAGAGAACCUCACCCAUGUUCUCUACGCAUUUGCCAACGUCCGGCCCGAGUCGGGCGAGGCCCCGGCCGCGACCGCCGCCGGGCGCGAGACCUUUGCCCGCACCUGCGUCGACCUCGUCAAGCAUCUCGGCUUUGACGGCAUAGACAUAGACUGGGAAUACCGCAAAACGACGACGAGGCGCGCGACCUCGUCGCCCUGCUGGGCCGCUGUACGCGGCGCCCUCGACGCCUACGCCGCCACGCUGCCGGUGCCGUACCACUUUGAGCUGUCGGUCGCCUGCCCGGCGGGCGCGCAGAACUACGAACGCAUGCGCCUCGCCGAGAUGGACCCGCUGCUCGACUUCUGGAACCUCAUGGCCUAUGACUACGCCGGGUCGUGGGACGCCAGGGCCGGGCACCAGGCGAACCUGCGGCCGUCGGGCGCGAACCCCGGCGCCACGCCCUUUAGCACCGUGGCGGCGCUCGAGGGCUACACGGCCAAGGGCGUCCCGGCCGACAAGAUCGUCCUGGGCAUGCCGCUCUAUGGUCGGGCGUUUGAGAACACGGACGGGCCCGGGUGUGCAUACCAAGGCGUCGGCGAGGGCAGCUGGGAGCAGGGCGUGCUGGACUUCAAGGCCUUGCCGGGAGAGGGGGCGCAGGAGGUGGAAGAUGACGAAGUCGGGGCGAGCUGGUCGUGGGACGCGGGGCGGCGGAAGCUCGUCACGUACGACACGGUCGGUAUGGCGCGGAAAAAGGCACAAUUCGUACGGGAGCACGGGCUCGGCGGAGCCAUGUGGUGGGAGAGCAGUGCCGACAAGACGGGCCCCGACAGCUUGAUUGGAACUGUCGUCCAGACUUUUGGAGGUCCGGGAGGUCUUCGGCGGCAGGAGAACUGUGUCACCCAGCCGCAUACGAAGUACGAUAACCUGCGAGCCGGAUUUGAGUAG